CAUAGACUUCCAGCGACAAUAGAAAGAAUGCUCGAUCGAGGUUGACAGCAUGUUGCAAUCCCUCUCAGGAACACCGUGCCCCGUCCCGCCAUCGAGAGUGGAGGAUUCCACCAUCAGCUCUACCGAAGACGAUACAACCCAGAACAUCGAAUUCACCUCAGCUUUCUCAACAUUGAAAAAUACCAAACCGCGUCGAUUACCCAAUGCAGCUCGAAAACCUACCCAUGCGGUAGAUUUCGCAAUUUACGAAGACGCCGAAAUUGCUGGCGGGAAGCAGAAAGCAUUAUUAGGCCAGCCGGCAAGACGGAGCGUUAUAUCACACACGCCUCAACGACACAACGUCAAUGCGAGGGUAUCAUUUGCACCUGCUAUUGCAGAACAAAGCCAUGUGACGGCCGCUCCGUCCAAACCAUUCAGUAGACUCACACAAGCACCACGAAGACCUAUCAUCAAGCAUGAGGAUACGAGAGGAAAACUGCCUCUACCGAGCCUGCCCGAAGAUGUCACCACCAAUCUGAAUAUGACUUCCACCAGGGUGCUAAAACCGGCGCGACGUGGCACGAUAUACAUACCGACCGAGGAUACCACGAUGCCAAGCAUGUACAUGGGCAUCUUCAGUCCUAUCAAGAACCUCAAUGCCAGUGUCAGCCCAGACGCACACCGAGCCGAGACGGAGAUCACGGGCAUCGCCGCGCAGAUGGCCAAGAAGAGGACCGGACGACGAUCGAUGAUUACUUUGUCGCCGAAGCGUGGCGGUCCACUUCAGCUCUCCUCGAGAAACCUCCAGGAAACUGCUAUCGUUGAGGAUCGGCAGGGACAGGGCGGCGGCAAGGAGAAUGUGCCGCCUGGACAUGCCGAACACGCUGCACAUGCCUCUUUUACAGGCUCGAAGGCCGAGAAGCACGCUGUAAAAGCGAAGCGUCAAACGAUAAGUUGUCCUCCAGCGAGGGACCAUAUGAAGCACGAGCUGGAACCGUCAAUAUCGAGGUUAUACGGGCAAACUGCCAGUUCGAUGGGAAGGGUGGUGGACAAGAAGGCAACUCGAGUCGGUGCGAAGCCAGGAUGGAAUUCUGGUGCUCGCGUUAGGACGAGUCAGCCGGUGCCUAUCAAAACAGCACCUCCUCCACCACAGCUUCAGGACAAGGCUGUCGCCAGAAAGGCUUCGGUUCCAAGUCGCUUCAUCAUUCCCAACCUCAGAUCAGAGCCACUCAUCGAGGCGUAUCCGGUGCUCGCCGAAGACCUCGCUUCUACCUCAAUGUACGAGGAUAGUUGGCUGAAUCAUCAGGAAAUCGCCAUCACUCAGCUUGUCAACAAUCUUUUUGCGUCGUCGUCUCCGACGUCUUGUCACGCCGACGAUGGCAUGUUCAGGAUUCGAUUGCUGGAGAUCUACGGUAGCACCGAUCAUGCAAUGCUGCAUAAGAGAUUGCAGGGAGCUUUGUUGUAUGGUGCACUGAGUAUACCGCAGGAUGUCCUCAAAGGAGCCAAACAGUUGAGCAACGACUUGGGCAAGCGGAAAGCCUUUACCGAUUUGUGGCUCGAAACAUAUGACCUUCGUUCCCUUCGGGCUGCAGUUGAGGUUGUGUUUGCGAGACAGUGCAGCAUACCCACAAGAGUAUCUUCUCCAACGAGGAGAAGCCUCGACAAGGAAGACGCCGCUAUCCGCCGUGCUUUGCAACGAUUCAUAGAGGCCUUACUCAUCCGGAAUGAGGACGGGCGCCCAGAUAACGCUUCCAUGGAUCGCGACUCCUGGUCAUAUCAGCGGACAGUCCUUCGCAGCUUGAUGGUUAUCUCACUACUUGAUGCGACUAAGAUUUCAUCACCACAGGUUGUCAGCUCCUGCCUGUUUCAAGCUUCUUCACCAUAUAAGUCUUCUGUCGAUGUCGUCAAAGCUCUUUUCCAGCUCUUGAACCCAAGCGCCGGAGAUCCUGUUCGUGCCUUGAGUCAUGUCGGCUACAACGUCUCACACGCACAGUAUCCCCUGGAGGAAUACGCGUACAACAUCAACAACCUGGCGGUUGAUCUGCGUGAUGGUGUACGGCUGACGAGAUUAGUGGAGUUGCUCCUUUAUCCGUCUGCAUCACAGCUACUGGAUCAUGCAAAUGACCCCGACUCGACGACCACUGUUCUCUUGCCAACUGGAGAAUUGCUUUCAUUGACCGAGGGACAAAAUAAUUGGCCUCUGUCUCAACACCUCAAAUUCCCCUGCCUAGGUAGGGCAACCAAACUAUACAAUGUCCAGAUUGCACUCACCGCACUGCAAGGGGUCAAAGGAAUGGGCGGCCUAGUGCAUGAUGUCCGUCCCGAGGAUAUCGUGGACGGUUUUCGUGAAAAGACCGUCAAGCUACUUUGGGGACUGACUAGCAAAUGGGGCUUGAGUGGGCUGCUGGAGUGGGCUGACGUUGAGCGGGAGAUAAAGAGACUUUGUCGGCUGAGUGCAAAUCACGACAAUGACUUUUUCGACAUUCUCGAAGACGGAGACGAAGACGAUCCAGCGCGGUACAAGUUGAUGCUGAAGUCUUGGGCCCAAGCUGUUGCUAGCAGGAAAGGACUUGUAGUGAACAACUUGACGACCAGCUUUGCAGACGGUAAAGUGUUCGAGGCUAUCGUGGACGAAUAUGAAGGAUAUAUCAGCAACCGGGGCCAGGUCGAGAAAGCCCAGUCCCUGUGUGACCGACUGAGAGGGCUGGGGUGCAGCGAACAAUUCUCGACUCUUUUCUCGGCCUCGCAGACUGACUCGAAUCACAUGCACAUUUUUGACCGCGACUUCGUCCUAGCAGCUCUCGCGUUCCUGUGCUCAAGGCUGCUGGCGCCCUCGAAAGCUGUGAGAGCUGCUGUCACGAUACAGAAAGCAUGGCGAGCGCAUUGGGCGAGAAUGAUUGACUUGAGAAAGAGGCGCUUGAAGAUCGUGGCUGAGGACUGUGCGGAAGCUGUCCUCCGCAGAAGCGAGGCUGGAGAGGCGUCGCUCAAACGAGAUGAGGAGAGCAAGAUAGUGUUACAAGGCACAGACCGAGAGGCUCUGUACCAAUACCAACAGGAGCCCAAGGAAGAGGAUAUUUGGCUCGGUUUGUGAUAGAUUCGAGCAGGAGACGUGGUAGGAACGAGCAGGGAAAGCUUUACUCCCAUCGGUAGAGAUCUGUCCUUGUGACGAUGAGUGCAUGAUAAUUAUCCUUAAUGCAUCAGAGAGGUCGUG